ACACAAGGGUUGCCAAUUGACACUUGUGAACAGAUAAGCUAUUGUGGAUAAAACUACAUUUAGUUCAUAUGCUGAGUUACGACACAGGAUUCCUUUAAAAAAAGCUCUUGUCCUUCCUCUGUCAAGUGUGAAUCGCAUAAGAAGGAAAUAAUAUUAAUCCCUGACUGGUAGGACUAGGGCAUAUGGACGUUUCAUAUCCAGGUCAUGCUGUUGAUGCAAUGCAAUAGUAUUGACGAUCAUAUAUAGAUAUCAAGUAUGAAGCCAUACUCAAGUCAUGCUUUGUUGUGAGUAGAAGAGUGUUAUAUAUGCUGCUUACGACCUCCUGUUUCUUUCUAGGUGAGAGAAGUGGAUUCUAUAAUUCAGUCUAGGACAUCACAAGUUGUGUAGGAAGGAUAUACAGGAAGACAUUCACUAGGCAGUGUGAUGCUACAAUGAAGACCUGGUGGAAUAUACUGAUAUGGAUAUGGAUAGGUGUUAUCCAGGGAGAGGAGCAUGUUAAUGGUGAUUUUUCACUGACGAGCUCACCAUUAACACCAACAGAUGGAGAACUCUUCACCUUGACCUGUAGAAUCCCUGAUGAAUCUGCAGCAAACAUUGGAUGGCUGCAGAACAACAAAGAUAAGGUCGUUACUCAAAAUGCCAAUAAUUGUAUGAAGCAAGCACUCGCCUAUGGUCAGGACUUCAUCAACCGUAUCAAUGUGAGUUGCAGUACCACGGCCCAUAGUAUAACGUUCAGAUUUAACUCCACCACAGACCAAGGAUCUGCGUGGCAGUGCGGGAAACCAGUUAACGAUACGAAGAUACACCCGAGAAGCAACAAUUAUACAAUAGGUGAAUUUGUACUGACGAGCACACCAUUAACAGCAACAGAUGGAGAACUCUUCACCUUGAUCUGUCACAUCCCUGAUGAAUCUGCAAUAAACAUUGGGUGGCUUCAGAACAACAAAACAAUGGUCGUUACUCAACAGACCCCUAAUUGUAAUAAACAGGCACUCGCCUAUGGGGAUGACAUCAUCAACCGUAUCAAUGUGAGUUGCAGUAGCACGACCCAUAGUAUGACGUUUAGAUUUAACUCCACCACAGACCAAGGAUCAGCGUGGCAGUGCGGAGAACUUGUUAACGAUACGAAGAUAUACCCGAGAAGCAACAUUUAUACAAUAGACGUUGCAAGUCCUGUCAUGUCAUCUCAAUCAUUAUCAACAACGACCCGAUACAUGGAGACAACAUCGGAUUCUGAGACAGAGUCGCCAAACAAAGGCCCCUUAAACCAACAACCACUCAAUGUCGAAUGUUACACGCUAGCCGUGAUAGCAGGAAGCACAAUAGGAACCCUCCUUCUUACCCUGCUGAUUGGAGGACUAGUUCUGACUGUCCUCUAUAGGAAGGGGUUCAGGUUUGGAAACAUCUUGAAAGGAACUGCUUCACGAACAAGCACUAGAAAUCCAGAGGUUGAAGAAAUGAAAAACAAAGGAUAUUCAUCCUUGGAUCACAUCAGUGGUCGGGCUCAGAACUCUGGCGUGGAGAAAGAGGGAUCGGAUAAACAACAUUACACACAGUUGAAGAUUUACCAGAAUACAAACGUCGAGGCCAAAGCAGAGACAAGUACCUACGAAGAUGUGACAGAGCCGCCUCCUUUGUCUUACGAGUCCAUCAACGCAUCUCCAUAUCAGAACGCCCGUGCUCAACAUUAGGGUAGCUGCUAUCU